UCUUCCACCAGCAAAACUUGCCAAGAUGUUCCAGAAUAAUUCGCCAACAUGCUGGAAAUAUAAAAAAGUACAUGGUACAUAUUAUCAUUUAUGAUGGAUAUGCCCAGUUGUGUGUCUAUGCGUGUUAUGUUUUGCUUUGUCUUGUUGGUUAAAAAUAAAAUUUAAAAAUUUAAAAAAAAUUGAGAACAAAUAUAGAAUCUAUACAGGAACCAACAACGGUCAAGACACUACACACUAGCAAUUUCAAAUGCCUUUGAAAAAAAUUAAAAUAUUCAAAUUGUGCAUCACACCUUCUUUUAAUGUAGCUUAAUAUACAUUGUUACCUCUACAAAUCAAAACAAAAUUAGCACAAAUGAACAAUAAAACUUUGGGAAAGUUGGAUGUAUUGUAAUAGAAUUAAAAAUUUCUUCACAACCGUGGACUGCACCUCUGCAUUGUCUGGGAAACCCUGCUCUAUCAAAUUCUCUCAAAAUUAUUGUUGAAAGUAAAGUCUUCAUCCUGGUUCAUCCAAGCAGGAAAUAAAUAAGCAACAUGGCAACUGCUUUGGGAAGAUGGUUACAGUUUUUUGAAGAAGCAGAAAGAUGGUUCUUGCAAGAAAGACCAGAGGAGAGAAGGGCCUGAGCACAUGGGCAGGUUUUUAUAUCCUCUCUAGCCUUUUGUUUGGAAGCUUCCUGUUCCUGUGGCAUGAUCUUGAAGGUUAUUUCCUGUAUCACUAUUCUGACCUGAGUUUAGGUGUGCCUCUCUGGUAUACUUGAUGGUAAUGGGUUAGUCCUAUUAUGUCCCAAAAGUCAUAUCCUGCUUCUCUGGUGAUGGGGCUAAUGGCUCCUAGAGUUUAGGUGAGGUAUGCAGAUUUUAGGUCUCUUUGUCUUCUUGAGUUUUCUGGCUCCAACUUUCUGAUGAUUACAUUUGCAUUUAUAUAGGGCUGGCUCCUGUUUGGGGCAAAGAGAGAGACUUGGGGGUUGGGUUGGUUUCUGCUUUUAAAAAUCCUUUUGAGGAAAAAUAUAUUUUUCUGUCCUUUUAAUAUUUCCUUCUCUGGGGGGCUCUGACUUCCCACAUUAUCUUAUACCUUGCGGCAAUAAAAUAGUCUUCAUAUUUUGUGAUUUUAGUUUUCUUGGCUUAAGGAAAUCAGUGGAAAAAAUAAUAAUCAGAUUUUUUGGGGGGGAGGGAAAUUCACUUUUACAGAGAACAGAAUGCUUUUCUUUUAAAAACAAAAAACACGUUUUCAAUAGAAUUUGGAUCUCAAGAAAUUUCCCAGCAUUAACCGGCAAAAUUGCUUUCCACUCGAGAACAGUCCUAUGAUCCGCACAAAGAAACCGAAACCCACUCGUUUUCCCUACAAGCGACCUUUUCUGACGUUACAGCAACUCUUGUUCCCGACGUCUUUAAUAGCACCAGCUCGUACUGGGCUUAUCUUGAUGCCAACCACGUGAACGACAGCAGAGGAAAGGGCAACGUUUAAGGGGUUAAAGAAACAUUUUUCCUUUCUAUUCCUAUCCGCAAUGCAUCACGGACUUUAUGCAAAUGAAACGCCGCGCUCCGCCACGCUAUUCCCAAGACGCCUGCGCGGCGAGGCCGGUUUCGCCGCGAUUUCCUCAACUUCGCUAAGUUCGCUGAGGGACUAUUUUUGCUGGAAACAGCAACAACCACGUCGACUCCAUUUGUUUCUUUUUUUGAUCCGAGACUUCGGGUUAAUCUGAGACUGAAAGUCACUGUCUUCACUAGAGCUUGCAAACAAAUACAAAGGUGUUCGCGAGUAUUGUUACAAGACGAUAGGAACCAACUCCACUGAAGGCACUGCAUCCAAGUGAAACACGUCGCCUUACAAUUAUUACUGUAUCUCCAGAGGGAAUCUCUCGUGCCCCGUUAUGGCAAACCAUCAACCGUCUUCCCCGUUUCAAGAUGGCCGCCCCAGCAGCCUCAGUUCCACUGCUGGGAAUCCCGACCUCGGGCUCACUGACACAGCUGCCAAGAGAGAAAGAGAAAUGCUGUCGGCCUAUGGGAGUGGCUUAUACAUCUUCGCCAGGAUUGGCUCUCCGGUUUCUAACGGGGGAAUGAUGAGGGGCGUGCGUUGCUAUAGGCUGCGCUGAGACCGCACCGUUCCCCGCUACCGAGGGUAACAGUUGGACGAAGGAGUGAGGUAGCCGCUUUGUGCGAUUGGCUGCGCGGCUGUCACUCCUCCACCCUCCCCCAUCAGUGCUGGUGGUGCGCUCUCGGUUUCUGGGCCUGAGGCGGGACUGCUGGUCAGGCCGUGCGAGGAGGGGGUCCAUAGUAUCUUCGCUGCAAGAGACGGAGGAGGAGGAGGUGGGAGCUUGCGCGGAGACCCCGCGAGGUAAUGCCGGGACCCAAGAGAGAGCUGGCGCGGCGCUGAGAGAAAGAGGCUAGCGGGGAGAGAGAUGCGCUGGCCUUGCAGGUCCACACCUCCAGUUGCUGCGUCCGACACUGCAGCUGCAGCUUAGAACAUUUGAUCCAAAUGCAUUCAGAGACAUUACUGGGAAGUAAAAGCGAUGGACAGCUGAAAAUAACCAGGUACUUCAUUUUGAAGUGGUCUGGAGGUGAGACAGAGGAUGGAAGAAGGCUUGAAUUGGAAACAUGACCAAACAACAAAAAGGAUAAAGAGACAAGGAAUAGCAAGUAACAUAAUCCAUGGGUAAAGUUGGGAAAAUGUGGAACAGCUUCAAGUACAGAUGCCAAAGUCUCUUUAAUCCUGAAGGUGGAAAUAGAAAUGAAAAUGUAGACAUAAAUUCCAAUAGUGCAUCUGUUAGAGAUAAAAGUGUUUGCGUGCCUGGUCCAACUCAGCAGCAACCUAGCAGUCCUUUGCAACUUAAUCUAAAUAUUUCAAAAGGCUUUUCGAGGAAGAAUCAAAACUGUGCCACAGAAAUCCCUCAGAUUGUUGAAAUAAGCAUUGAGAAAGAGAUUGACUUAAAUGUUGCCUCGGGAGCUAAAUUUGCACGAAGGGAUUCUUACUCAAGGCAUGCUCCAUGGGGUGGGAAAAAGAAACAUUCCUGCUCUACAAAAACCCAGAGCUCUUUGGAAAGUGAUAAAAGAUUUGGCUGUUCUCACUUGCAAAGGAGGGAAAGAAGAUACGGUGUGAGCUCAGUUAACGAUACCGAUAGCAUCUCUAGCAGAACCAUAGGAAAUCGUUCUCUGAGGCAAAGAUUGCAGGAAACUGUAGGCUUAUGUUUCCCUAUGAGAACAUACUGUAAACAAUCUAAGCCUCUUUUUUCCAACAAAAGGAAGAUCCAUCUUUCUGAACUAAUGUUAGAAAAAUGUCCUUUUCCUGCUGGGUCAGAUCUGGCCCAAAAGUGGCAUUUAAUUAAGCAGCACACAGCUCCAGUGAGCCCACAUUCUGCCAUUUUUGAUGCAUUUGACUCCUCCUUGGCUUCUACAGAAGAUGAGGAAGACAGGCUGAGAGAGAGACGAAGGCUCAGUAUAGAAGAAGGGGUGGAUCCUCCUCCCAACGCUCAGAUACAUACUUUUGAAGCUACUGCACAGGUUAAUCCAUUAUAUAAAUUAGGGCCAAAGCUGCCCCCUGGCAUGUCUGAACUGAUGGGAGACUGCAAUUCAACAACGCAAGGAAGUUGUGAUUUGGAGGAAGACACAACUACUCUCUGCUUGCAGUCACGUAGACAAAAGCAGCGCCAAAUAUCUGGUGAGAGCCAUAGCCACAUCAGCAGACAAGGAGCUUGGAAAGUACAUACUCAGAUUGAUUAUAUUCACUGCCUAGUGCCAGACUUACUUCAGAUUACCAGUAAUCCAUGCUACUGGGGUGUGAUGGACCGUUAUGAAGCAGAAGCACUUCUAGAAGGAAAACCUGAAGGCACUUUUUUGCUCAGGGACUCUGCUCAAGAAGACUACCUCUUCUCAGUGAGUUUCCGCCGUUAUAACCGGUCUUUACAUGCACGCAUCGAGCAAUGGAAUCACAACUUCAGUUUUGAUGCUCAUGAUCCCUGUGUGUUUCACUCCUCUACUGUAACAGGGCUUCUGGAACACUACAAAGAUCCUAUUUCUUGCAUGUUUUUUGAACCGCUACUUACAGUUUCUCUAAAUAGAACUUUUCCUUUUAGCUUGCAAUAUAUCUGCCGGGCAGUAAUUUGCAGGUACACUUCAUAUGAUGGGAUUGAUUGUCUUCCUUUGCCAACAAUGUUGCAGGACUUUCUGAAGGAAUAUCAUUAUAAGCAAAAGGUUAGAGUACGAUGGUUGGAGCGGGAACCAAUUAAGGCAAAGUGAAUAGAGUUCAGAAUCCCUAGUAAACUCACAUUGUGAUUUUUUGUGUAUUUGUUACAGUAUACCACGGUAAGCACAUCAGUGUUCAGCUUUUAAUGUACUUUGAGCUUAUUGUGUUUAUGAUGCUGCCUCCAGUUAGUUGUGAAUACCUCUUGAAACAUGAACAGAACACAAAGUCACAUUUUUCAUCCAUUAUAAUUUGUCACUUACAAAAUAUGUAUACUUUCUAUUAUAAUAUUAAUAUAAGAAAGCUAUUGGGCAUUAACUUUUAAAUUCUAUUCAGUUUCUAAUUUACAGUAAAGUAGCUUGCUAGCUUUUUUCUUCUUGAUUAAUAUGAGCACUUAGAUACCAAAAAUUGAUUCAGUAUAACUGCAUUCUCAACAAAAAAGUACUACUUUUCACAGUUCACUAUCUUCUAUGCCACUUUUUAUAUCAAAACUGUUUUAAGAGGAAAAAUCAUAAGUAACAGGGGAAAUCAUAUAACAUGUCACUUCUGUAUUUUUAAAUCACGUGCAUUAAGAAGUUCUAUACCAAUAGUUGGUUCCAGGAUUGCCUCCAAAUUAAAAUAUUUUAAUAGAUUAAUCAUGUGGGAAUAAUUAGAUAAUUAAAUUUGCCAAAAAAGAAUAUAAAUCAAAAAUAAUUCUAAAACAGGAAAAAAAUAGUUUCAGGUAUAUUGACAGUAGAUGAAACUUAUAGUGUGGUAUAGAGGUCCCCAGUUCUUAGGUUGCAGAUCGGCAUCGGUCUGUGGUCUGUCAGGAACCAUGCUGUGCAAGCAAGUGAAGCUCCAUCCACGCACGUGCAGGAUCCAGGCAGCGCAUGAAACCAUGCCCUGCCAGUCUGUGGAAAAACCGCCCUCCCUGGUGCCCAAAAGCUUGGGGAUCUCUGGUCUAGCAGGUCUGUUGGAUGCAAGGCAAGGUUGCCCUAUCGGUACAGCAAAGAAGAAAUAGCUCUUCAGAAAAGCCAUUUCUUGUUUCAUUAAUCAGAGUCAUCUUCACUUUGCUUUUUUUUAAUUAACAUUUUAGUAUUUUAAAAAAUCCAGUAACUUUGAAUUAAUCACUGCAAUAAAUAUAGUGGUUAAGCUGAACCUUGCCCUAGAAUUAACAGCUGGAUUUUUUAUUAACUCAGAAGUUCUUAGUCUGAUCUGCAAGUUGUGUUCAAGAGCUUGUGGAAACUUAGUGUAACAGUGAAGAGUAUGUGUAGGAUCUUGCAUUUGAUUUAUAUUUUCUGAUCAUGGUGAUCAAGGCCAUUUUAAUCUGGGUUGGAUUAUGAAAUAGGCUAACACGACCUUGUUCCAGGUUUCUGCUUUUCAAAGUAGCAUACUGCUACAGGCUACUGCAUUUAGUAAUUAAAGGGACUCUUAGUCUAACCGUAUGCCCAUUAUUUGUAAAAGCAUUGUUUCUGAGGAUGCUAGUACUAAAGAAAAAGGUUUAUUCAAAUAUGGGUUGUGUGCUUCAAUUGGUAGAAAAUUAAUUGGGAUCUCAUGAACCAUUUAAUUUAUUUCAACUUGUGUAGCUUGUCAAAUAUAAAUUUAAAAACAUACUACUCUGAUUUUUUUACUUCUUCAGAAAAAUAUUUUACAUAUCUGCUACAAACUGCAAUAUUUGCAGUUAUAGUUAUACAAAAAUAAUUAUAGUUUUUGUAUAACUAUAACUGCAGAACAAUUGAUCCAGAACAAUUAAUACUCUAUCCCACUUCUGUUUUCCUCUGAUCCCUAUUUGAUGCAUCAGAACUGUUGUAUUUGUAAAUCGUAUAGCAGCUUUUUUAUAAUUUGCCUAUUGUGUUCCUCCUUAAGUGAAAUACUUUGGAAAAUGUGCUCUUUUGCUUUCUUUCUCCUUUGGGAACAGAACAUAUCUUGUUUUGUUCUAGCUGUGUUUGCACUAAAAUUUGUGUUGGAAUACAGAGACCCUUAGUUUUGCUUAUGUGUCUUGUAUCAGUGGGUAGUUUUCUUAGUUUCUUAACCAGUUGCGACAGUAUAUUCUUCUCCGUAGCAGCAAAUGUGGGUGAGAAACUUCAAAGCUGCAUAUACAAGAAAGUUAUAUUGUAUGUCAACAGUAACCAGUUUAUCCACAUAUGUGUUUUUCUUCUGCUUGGUGUGCCUUGUUACAGCUUUUUGUGUGCGUGUGUGCAAAUAAAGUACAAUAUUUUCAAUUUUAUUCUUGUACAAUUACUCCUACAUUUGCAUAACACUUCUUGGAGCUAUUAAAAUUUUUAGAACCUUGGAAAUGGUCAAAUCUACUUGCAGUUAUAUAUUACUUUCCUACUGAUGUGUUUACACUUUUUAUUUGUUUUUAUCGUUGUAAGCCACCUAGAGUAGUCCCAUGGCGAAAUGGGCGGCAAAUAAAUUUAACAUAUAAAUAUAAAUCAAUUAGACAAGAGCUGCAACACUUGCAAGCCAACUUAUUCCAUAGGAUGGUUGUGGUGAGACAAGAGUGCUAUAUAGAUAACUACCACCGUGAAUUUUUGGAGGAGAGACAGGAUACAGACCAUACAAACUUUUAAAUAAUUUGCAUCUGAUUGUUUGCUGGUCAGGCAACCAGGCCACCAAAUCUCAACCUCAAUGUAAUUAUCUAAAAUUCAAAAGACAACCAUCCUCAAGGUUUAAAUACCUUUCCAGUUGUAAAUCUACUCCAACUUGCUGCAGGCAGGAAUUUUGCAUUUUAUUUUCCCAAACCCAUUGAAAUACUAGUUGCUGCAGAGAUAUAAGAUACCUUUCCUUGAGAUAAGGUCCUUGUUCUAGGGUUGAGCAAUUUUACCCUUCAAAGUGAUCUGUAGCACUAUUAAAAUAGUGGGGGUUGUUUUUUUAUAACGUUUUGUUGUUCAUUUCAUUUAAAAAACAUGCAGUACUGGCCUCACUUUUAGCAACUGGGAAUUGCAUAUUCUUUCAGAAAAUUAAUAUUUAUUUUAUACUGAAUCAGAAAAAGAAAUAUUCAGUUGAGUUGAAACUGGAAUGCUAUAGAAACUCUGAAGUUCUAAACUUUAAAACCAAUAUGUAUUUUUAUUUCUUAUUAUAAAAACAAAAUGGUGCUCCAUUCAAAUCUCAUCUUUUAUUCAGAAUAAUUUCGACUGUGAAUUUUUGGCAAUAAUAUUACUGUGAGAUUCUAGUGAUAUAGUUUGAAAUGUUUUUACUGAUAAACCUUUACUUAUUACGUUUCUGUUUGACCUGUUAAUACAGUGAUUUCACUAAGAA